UGCUGCCCACAACCCCCUAACUGUCUAACCCUUUUCGUUUUUGUCUUUCUGAUGAGUGAACUAAAAAGACUGGUCUUUCUUCUUUCACUCUUUCUCUGAAUCUCUUCUCAAUUCUCAUUUGAAACUUGGAAAGUUGACAGAGGAAGUUUUAUCUAGACCUUCUGGUGACUUAGUGACUCUGGUUCGAUCUAUCUCAUCAUCUAGAGAGUGGAGGCUGAGGGCUGAAAGCACAUCGGUCAUCGCACAACACAAUCAACACUACAGUCGUUCGUCCGUCCAUCAACAGAGUGCCAGCAGCAGUUCAACUCCCCAACGCCUAUUUGCUUCAAAGGGGAAUUGGUUCAGUUCAACGUCCCAAUGAUUUUGGUUCAUCUAGAAGCCGAAAUCAGAAUCAAUCGAAACUUUUCGCUUCUGAUAAAAAGCCUCAGUCGCAGCAUAUGAAGAAGAAGUGAACCAAAAUUAAGCCGGCAGAGAAGAAGAGGGUAAGCCUCGCUAGCGCUCUGUUUUACUCAAGGAGGCAGGAGGCUUGAUUGUUGAGAGUAGGGGUUCAAGCCGCAAAGUUGCCAUAUUUAUUCAUCUGUCCGGUUGCCGCCUUGGAAUUGGAGGUCGUAGAACCGUAGAAGCCAUCACCUGUUGUCUGGUCAUUGUUCAAAGUUUCAAACUUCCAUCGCCGGUAGAAGUCGUCAUCUACACUUCUGUCACAUUCAGCCGAUUUUCAUAGUAGCAUAUUCAUUACUCAAAGAAAUGGAACAAAGAUUGGCAAACACUUGGCGGAUGACAGUUAAUGAAAAGAAGUUUAUUGAGACAGCGUUACUUUCGGACCUCAGGGUUGAUGGUCGUCGUCCUUUCGAUUAUCGUCGGUUGACUGUUAAGUUUGGGAGAGAGGAUGGAUCUUCAGAAGUGCAGCUAGGACAGACUCAUGUUAUGGGAUUUGUCACUUCUCAACUAGUACAACCAUAUCGAGACAGGCCAAAUGAAGGAACCCUUUCUAUAUAUACUGAGUUUUCACCAAUGGCUGACCCUUCAUUUGAGGCGGGGCGUCCUGGGGAGUUUGCUGUGGAACUUGGACGAAUAAUAGACCGAGGUUUAAGGGAGAGCAGGGCAAUAGAUACAGAGUCACUUUGUGUGCUUGCUGGAAAGUUAGUCUGGUCCAUUCGUGUUGAUCUUCACAUUCUUGACAAUGGAGGGAAUCUGGUUGAUGCUGCUAAUAUUGCUGCUUUGGCUGCACUACUGACAUUCCGAAGGCCAGAAUGUACAUUAGGUGGUGAAGAUGGUCAGGAAGUGAUAAUUCAUCCACCUGAGGCGAAGGAGCCACUCCCUUUGAUAAUACAUCAUCUUCCUAUAGCAGUAACCUUUGCAUUUUUUGGUGAUGGGAACACUGUGGUGAUAGAUCCAACUCACAGUGAAGAGGCUGUUAUGGGAGGAAGAAUGACUGCCACAUUGAAUACAAAUGGUGAUGUCUGUGCUGUCCAAAAAGCAGGUGGAGAGGGUGUCAUGCAGAAUGUGAUUAUGCAGUGUUUGCGAAUUGCUUCUGUGAAGGCUACUGACAUAACAAGCAAAAUAAAAAAUGCGGUUGAAGCAUACAAAACAGAAAGUUCUCUUAGGAAGAUCAAGCGUCACCCAUCUAUGGUUGCUAUAGAUGUCAGUGGACCUGAGAGUAAGGGUAAUCAAUCAGUUCUUCAGAAAGAAGGCAUUUUUUCAAGGCAUGAUAGGGAGAGGUCAGCAAUUAAACCAGAGGUGAGCUGUAAUAGUGAUAUUAAUGGUAAAAGUGAAAACCAAUCUCAGCAAGGAGGAAGUGGUGCAGGCAGUGACAAUAGAAGUUCCAUUGGUGGCCCAUCAAGAUGGGAUCCACAUUCACAGGGCGUCGAUCCAAUUUCCCUUAAAAUUUCUCUUUCUUCAUCUGGAAACAUAACAAGGAAUAAGGAGCAUGGAGGGGCAAGUUGUGAAAAGUCCACUGAAAUCAAGCCCGAGGAUGCAUCUUUGGAUGUUAUUUCUUCUACUCCUAUGCCAAUUGAACCAGCCGCGAUGGGACAAGGGAGUGGAGAGAAGACUUUGAGAGAUGCCGUGAAGCCCAAAAACAUGAGAAAAAAGAAAACAUCCUCCACCAAUCAUUGAGAAAAACAUGAUUAGUUAGGGAUUUUAUUUGCUUUGUUUUCAAUCUUGUAUAGUUUUGGACUUUUAUCUCCAUUUUGUAGCAGAUUAAGAAGAAAACUUUGAUGCAGCUCUCAAAAUUGUAGGUUAUAUUUGCAGUUUUAAUCCAUUACUUAUUUAAUUGGUGAUUGAUAAUUGAAGAAUGGUUGGGGGGGUGGCUAUUGUUUUUGAUUA